AGCGGGUACCGGAAAUUCAAUUGAUUUAGCGUGGAAUCAAAAAUUGGACUCAAUCUACUUGAUUUAGAGUAAUUCUGAUUCAGGUACAUAAUGACUUCAUUCACAGAACAAUUGGAUAUUGACCUUGGAUUGGUGGUACCAAGCACAAAUGGUUUGCCAAAACCCCAGAAGUCCUGUGAUGAUAAGUGCGCAAACUGCAAGAAGGAAUUUGAAAGAAGGAACGGUGGAUACAAGCGUUUCUCAUUAUCAGCCAAAAUUCCUGGAUUAGACAUUUCUGGAGGUGAAGCCUUGCGCUAUAUUAUAGGCAAGCCGUUAACUUCCACAAAGCCUCGUUCUAGAUUUUUUUGUGCACAGUGCUGGAGCAGUGUUGUUGCAGCAUCGAAGUACAAAAAAACAGUUGAUAAAUUUAAAGCUCUCACUAGCCCCACAAGUUAUGUCGGGGUAAAUUCAGUUUUCACUAAACCAACAAUUAAUCUCGGGAAAAGAUCAGCUAAUAAUGAUGCAGUCCCACAAACAAGUACUCAAACAUUACCAGAUAAGAGUCAGAAGAGAUUGAACAUAAUGUCACUAGUACGAAAUAUAAAAGCCAAGAAACAAAAAGCUAAUUAUCAUAGAAUAUGGAACCCCAUUAAAUCAAAAAUUGAUAGCCGUAAUUAUAAAGCAGGCUUGAGAGCUUUCAUAAAUGCAACAAAAACUACAAAGAAACACUUUAGGACCAUCGUAAAAUCUAAAAUUAGAGGUGAAGUUAAGGCGAUUGGAAAAUUGAAAGAUCUGACAUUUUCAUCAUCAGAAAGUAAAAUGGAAAAAUUGAUGGAGACUGCUCCACUUCUUUAUGCAGCAGUACAAACUGCUAUGACGGAGGCAUACAGUAUAAAGAAUUGGGACGUCAUUGGAAAAACGUUAAAGGCAAGAUUAGAGACUGUUUUUGGUGGUAUAUUGGGCCCUAAGAGACAGCGAUUGGGUUUUACUUAAGCUAUACUGUCCAGUGGGAACCAUACGAUACCAAGAAAGAUCAAAUAAGCAUGUGUGGAUCACUGCCUCUAAUCGUUCAAUAUCUCAGAUAAAGAGAAAGAGGUAGUCACGUAAUAUACAGUGAAUUGAUCAAAACUGACUGAGCGCGUCUUAAUGGGAGAGGUUAGAUAGAAUAACUUUAUCUCAAAUAAUCUUAAACACAGAUUGGAUUAUCUGUACAAGAGAUGAUGUCUCAUUGUCAGAGGUUGCGAUAGAACUAAAAUAAUUCAUAUCCCCCUUCUCUCCAUAGAGUGAAAUUUUAAAAUGUCAUUUUAGGCUCCUUUACCUUAACAAAAUUCACCCCAUUAUUCCAUAGCUGUUGAGCUCUGUUGACAUUUGGACAUCAUCCCCAAACAACAAUACGUUCCAGUGAUCUCCCCAGCAUUAUAGC